ACUCGCGCGCAUGUCGAUGCGAAUGUUUAAAAUGAUACGAAUCAUUACCAUAAGCGAAUACGAAUGCAAAUAUUCGUAACUUCUCUAACAUGAAUUGCCUUAUCACCACCACAGUUUGAGAGCAACUGUACACGAAGAGUUCGCCACAUUUUCGAUUCCACUUGGCAAGUGGACAGUGGACUUUGUGAGAUCUAUGUGUGGCGCAAGUGGUAGUGGAAUAAUUAGUUAAAAGUUAAAUUAAAUAUAAGCAGUAUAAUCAUAAUUCCGACUCCAGUAAAUUAGUAUCUAAAAUGACAAAAAGCAAGAAGAAACUAAAGGAACAGCAGCAGGCGAAAGUGCAAAAUGCGAUCGUUGAGGAACGCCUGACAACAACGAACGAUGCGUAUACACAGGGUGCCUUCUCUUACCUGAGGAUGCUCACACACAUCAUUGGACUGUUACAGUUCACCUAUGGCAUUUACUAUCACUGGUUUAAUGUGCAUUGGCCUCAGCGUUUGCCGGAGGAGGAAGAGUUAAAGACGCGUUGGGGAGGAAAAUUUAAAUACCUUACCUUUCUGGAUGUGAUAUUGCAAGCACUAUAUCACUUUGUUGCGCUUCUAAAUGACUUAGUUGGCUCCAAUGAAGUCGGUCAGACGAGGCUGAUGCCGGGUGUGCGUAAGUUGCGAGAUUAUAUCUUCGCCACUUGGGCUUUUCCCAUAGCACAUAAUGUCUGCAUUUCCUUUUGGGUUAUAUAUGCCUAUGAUCGGGAGCUCAUUUUCCCCAAGGCGCUAGACGCUAUUUUUCCCAACUGGCUGAAUCAUAUCGUUCAUACCAAUGUUGCUAUGCUCGCUAUACUCGAUAUGUUUACUUGCUUCCGUCAGUAUCCAAGUCGCACGGCAGGACUCACGGGUACUAUUAUAUUUAUGGUACUCUAUAUAAUUUGGAUGCAUAUAGUGCGCUUUUUCUCUGGUCAUUGGGUAUAUCCACUGUUGGAAAUUAUUAAUUUACCAAUGCGAUACUUUAUGCUCAGUGCUUUAUUGGGCUUCACAGUAUUUUGCUAUUUCUUGGGUGAAUUUUUAAAUAAAAUAAUUUGGAGUCCAGAGUUGCGAUUGCUGAGAAUGAAGAGUGCAAAGAUCGAGUGAUCUGUUGUUAUGUCUUCACAAAGGAGUUGGAAAUACUAUUAGACUUUCGCAAACUGAGAAACGCUUGAACAAGUAAUUUUAAUUAAACUUCAAUUUUAUUUUAGGUAAGUACCAAAUAAAAUGAUUGGUAUUUUUUAUUAUACGAUUUCGCAAUUACGAAACAAUUUUUCUUGGAGUAUACAUACAUACAAAAUUUUAAGAAUAUAGUUUUGUUAAUUGUAAAAAUAGUUUAGUCUUAAGGCACUAACUAACUUACACUUAACAAUUACAAGGUUUAUGUAAUUAACUAUAUAUAUGCCAGUGUACUGCACAAGCCGCGUCAUUUACGUUUUCAAGCUAUUUGAAAAAAAUACAAGCGCCAGUAUGAUUCGCACUUGUUUCAAACAACCCAAUUUAAAUCAUAGCUUGAACGCAAACGAAAACGGUAGCAGCGUUGGACAUACACUUGGAUGUGUUUGAAGUAAAUCAAGUCCGAAUAUGAGUUGAAAUUCAACAAGCAAGCCAAGCAUUUACUUGCUUGCUUCGAACCAAGCCCAGUGAAUACAAGUAAGCUUUCAAGUAGCUCAAAAUGUAAGUAGCUUGCUGCAGUACACUGAUACAUGCCUAUACAUGUAAUUUUCCUGUAUUAGUCACUUACGUAUUCAUCACACCAGGUAUUUUAUAUAAAUAUGUAUACAACAAAAUAUGUUUAUAAGUCAGUUCAAGUUUGUAAUAUGUA